AUGCUCCUAUUUCACGAUUCUUUUGGAGAACAUUUUCGGAACACAUCCACCAACCUGAGUAGUCCAGGACCCUCCCCUACUGAAACAUCAGAUUUGGCGGCCUCUUUGCCAGGAUUUAUCAGGCCUCUUCCCUUAGCGUUCAGUCCAGCAAAGGUUGAGUACCUUCAGACACAUGGAGUUUUGACACUCCCAAGUAUUCCUCUUCAGAACGCUCUUUUGCGGACGUUCACUGAAUGUGUUCUCCCUUGCAUGCCCGUCAUCGAAUGGCACAGAUUUGUCCAUAUCAUCAAUGGCCGUGAUGGCAGAAAAGGAUAUAUCAGCUUGCUCCUCUACCACGCUGUGAUGUUCUCGGCAACAACGUUCGUGGAUUUUGAGCACCUUCUCGAAGCUGGUUACUCAAGCACACGAGAACUCCAAGAAAUGGCCUUCCAAAAAACAAAGCUUCUCUAUGAAUCGGAUUACGAAUCUGAUGAACUCAUUGUUAUUCAAACACUUCUUCUCAUGACUUACCGGUCUGAAACAGCAGGUGAGAAUGAGAUCAAGCAAUGGCUUGACCUCGCAAUCUCCAUGGCUCAAACAAUUGGCCUUUUCCAAAAUCAACUAGGCACAGAAGACUCCUUAUAUUCUCCAAGGAUGCGGAAGAGGAUUGGCUGGGCAUGUUACAUGACAGAUUGUCAGAUUUCGCUAAGGUUGAGAUGUCGGCCAAGUAUCAAAAAAGAGGGCUUCUAUCACCCGAUGUUAACAUUGGACGACUUUGAAAUCUACACCCAAUCUGCAGAGGGCCAACGCCUAAUUAAUGGGUGCCCCCUGGCUCGGGACAUCAAAAAGCAGAGAGAUCUGGCCCUCAUAUGUGUCUCACACGCUCGGCUGUGUGUAUGCAUCAGUGAGGUCCUGGAAAUCCAGGGUAAAAAUGGUCAGUUGCACUCACUGGACGAACUCCCCCCCCCGUCCUGCCAGUACCGACUGUUGCAUUCGGGAGACAGCAGUGACGGAAAUUCCACACUUUUCGUACAACGUAGCCUUCUACACAUGGUCUAUUACACGACCAUUGCGGUUCUACAUCAGUCCCAAAUAUUCCCAUCGUCGAAGAUCCGCGUCCACGACGCUGCUCACCAAAUAACCCGGAUUGCAUCCGAACUGCACAAGAGGAGACUGCACAACUGCCUAUCUAUCACUGGAGUCACCGCCAUCCUAGUAGCCAUGGUCAUCCAUAUCUCCGUGAUGAGAGUGUCGCUGUUCCUGCAGAGAGAGGAAGCCAUGGAUGACUACAAAUCAUGUAUGGUGGUGAUGGCUAGCCUACAAGAUGUGCAUUCAGAAGCGAACGCUGUCACAAAUUGGAUGUUCAGAGCAAUGGCGAGUGUGGCAUUGGAUGGAGGUCCAAACUGUCACGGCCAGGAUUCUGAACUUUCUCUGUCUGGCGACCUUACUGUCAACCCCUCAUUCUUGCAUUCCAAUAUAUUUUUCAAUUAG